AUGAAUCACUUCAUUCAUCCGCUGACACGGCCACUCGGUUUCGAACAGGAGGAGAGGCUGGCUCACUUGGAAGAGAAACUUGAUUUCCUCUUGAGUGGGAGCCGGGCAAACCAUCCCGCAUCUCGCCAGAAACAAGACCAGUCUUACGAAGACGCCGCGGACAAUUCCGAGAACUCUUACUCCGGCACUCCCCCGUCCCAACCACAGCAGCAACAGCAACAGCAGCUUCAGAGCCUACCAACACACUCCGCGCCCAGUCGUGGAUCCGCCGUCAUCUCGCCAUGUUCAGAAGCCUCAACCAGUCUGCAGCAUAGCCCUUCGACGAUAUCGGUGGCCAUUACACUGUACUUCCGAUUCUGUCAUAGGCAGCCCAUCUGGUGCUUCGAGCGUGAGGAGGUUAGCGAUUAUGGCUCUCUGCCGGAAGAGCUGAUAUGCAGCAUCUUGACCCUGACCUCGAGGUUCUCUGAGAGGCAGGACCAGGCAGCAUUGUAUUCCAAGAACGCAAAGAGUCUGAUCCUACGCCGGAUAGCAAAUGGCCAGGUUGAGCUGACAACGAUCGAGUCUCUCUGUCUUUUGUCAUGCUCUUCAUUUAUAGAUGGAAAUGCCCACCUCGGACAGUUUCACCUCGGCCUUGCUUUCCAGCUAUGUCGAUCUGCCAUGCUAGACAUGGAAUCCGGCUAUGCCAUCGAGGAUCCAAAUUCAGAGCGGAAGCGUCGGUUGUUCUGGAGUCUUCAACUGCUUGAACAACUCUAUGGAAGGCAAAACGGUCUUCUGAGUCUACCCACCGAGAUUUGGCGGCCCUCGUACUCCCCCGGUGGUGGCUCUCAACUUGAACUAGAUCCGAGAGCACCCAGUCUACCCAGAGACGAGCUCGGCACCCAUGCACGUACUGAGCCGGGGAUCUGGAAUACGAGCGUCCAUCUAGGGUGGGUUUGGAGCCAGGUGAGGAAAUAUGUCUCCGACUGUGCACACAACAUCUUGAAGGAGCCUUGGAGGAACGACUCCAUGUAUGCCAAAGUGGUUUCCGACUUCAUGGAGACGGAAAACAGAAUUCCCAUCUGCCACCGGUACGAUUCGGUCAAGUUCUACGGACGCAAGGUGGACGAACUCAAGAUGAACCGGGACUACUGGGCGCCUUGGAUCAAGGAGCAGUUCAUGUACCAUGCUAUUCCCACAGUGAUGAACCACCCGUUCCUCUAUAUUGUUGGAGCACAACAUAACCCAAAUUUGGCUAUCCCCAAUACAUUCUGGAGGCGGUCCUCUGAACUGGCUUUACUGCAUUCUACCUGGAUUGUCCGCUUCAUUGAUAUGGUGGUCGACAAACAGGUACCCUUGGUUGAUCCCUUCUUUGGGCAUGUUGCUGCCAUAGCUGCCACAGUUCAUCUUUACUACUGUUGCUCGGCGGCCUCAAGACUAAAGCACAAGUCAAAUACGGACUUUGCCAAGUGCCGGAGGUUUUUAAAGGGGUUUCUACCGCACUCCGCAGCCUGUCAAGCACUUGACCGGAGUCUAGACAGGAUGACACGGAUCGCUGCUGGAUCUGAAAGCAUGGACGUCGAAGACUGGAUGCCAUCCAAGAUAUAUCUCAGCGUUCCGCUGAUGUGGGAGAUCCUUCAGUUUGACUUCAUGUCCGACUCCAACGGACGCGGGAUCCCCACGACCGGCCUUCUUGACAAAACUCUCACACCAGCCCCGAUGCACCGGGACAUGGGAGAGAGCUCGACGCUGGAGAUAAUCGUCGCCACAUCCCCUGAGAUCACGAUAGACACAGCCGACGGCGGCCAAGAAGCACCAACUCUACCGUUCAAGUCGUCGAACUUGCCUACUGUGAACACAAACUCCCCACAAACUUCCUCGGUAGGAGACAAGAUGUCUGUAGAGCAGACGGAUGCUCUGACAUUCACCACGACGCCAUGGCUCUAUGCAGACCCGUCGCAGUUUGUGAAUGUCGGUGACAUGGGCUACAGCGGAGAUUCUCAGCAGAUGAUAGGCGACAAUAGAUCGGGAGGCAUGGCCUGGUGGGAGGAUGAAAAUUUCAGCAACAUCAUGUUUAAUCAGUUCUAG